AUGACAGAGGAUUUGGAAACAUUGAAACAACAGUUGUUUAAUGGAUAUCUUGAAGCAUUAGAGGAAAUUAAUUUAGUUUAUCUUACAAAGAUUAAAAAAAAAGCAUACACAUGUGCAUCUGAAUGCUGUGAUAAGCAAUUUCCUGCGUCAAUUGAUUACUUAGAUUGUCUUGAGAAGUGUCAUUUGACAUCCAGUGAGGCAGUUUAUUACAUUACAUCUACUUUUAAUGACAUCAAGAGACGAUACAACACAUGUAUCGGAAAGUGUGACAGUGGUGAAGGCUUCAAUGUGAAUGAUAGAGAUGACGAGGGUGAUGACGGAGAGAUAACUGCUGAAGAACUAAAAGAGUUUUGGUGGCCCGAUUAUAGUGAUUCUGAGCAUCUGAUGAACAGCUGGUUUGAACAAAUGGAUGAUGUAGACUUAGAAUAUCAGGAUGACGAGAACCCAAAGAAAAAAGCGGAUUUAAAAGAUCGUAAUACAUGCACUCGCCUAUGCAUAGAAUCAUAUAUUCAUACAUUGAAUUCAACGAUGGACACAAUGCGAAGAGAUCUAGCUGCCAAAGCAAUAGCUAAGUCAGAUCAAGCAAGUUACUAUUACGACUGGAGCAGAGCAAAUGAGGAAGAACUUCCUUAUUAAAGACUUAAGUUCAUACGCUAAAGAGAUUAAUAAAUCAAUAAAUUCAUAUUUUUAACUAUUGGUAACAGUUACAGUGAAACCCUCCUUAAACACACACUCCAUUUAACCUUAACCCAGGUUGAUUGAACUUUUAAAACCAUAGUAAAAACUAAAAAUCAUUUGGAAAAUUUUCAAGGAAACAGGAGUCAUCCGCUCUGUUGCCCAAUAUGUAACUGCUGUGUAGAUAACGUUUAGGAAACAAUUGUUGAUUACUUUAAGGAAUAAAUUUCGGGUAUAAAGUUGUACAAUUUAAAAUGACAGUUUUUUUACAUAACAUAAAAACCCUGUUGUAGAUCUCUAUGCACCAAAACAGCCUUCAAAUUCCAAAUGAAAAUAUAGGUUAUCCAAAACGGACUCGCCCCCUUUAUUUUGUUUUGUUUAAUCAGGGGUUUUCUGUACCAAUCAAAUUGAUUUAAAUUUGUAUGCUCAAGUUUUGUCUGUAUUACUGUUUGCUGGCAUCCUAACAUUUUUAAUACUGAAUAAAACGGUGUAGCCCUAAAAUGUUGUAACUCGCAGAACAAUUAUUGGGUUAUAAGAAAUGGUAAAUAAGUACACAGGUAUGUCUCCAUCCACGUGAACAUUACAAAAUUUGUCUUUUAUCACUAAAAUGUGUGUGUUUCGGUGAGUUGGUGUAAAUAGAAACCUCUUGACAACUUCCAAGCGGCCGACUUAAGUUACAAAUUUCUCGACAAUGGCAUCUACGUGAUCAUGAUGUAACCAGGGUUGAAAUUACUACAAUUUUAGAACUGGGACAAAAAUAAAAGUAAAUAAACCACUUUAUAUAAAAACGGUAUGUUUAUUUAUAAAUUUACAAGUAGACUUGUGUUAAUAAAUGGUUUAACUAAUAGUCUCAUCUUAUUACCACUACACCAUUACCUCUUAUUAAACCAUCCAAAGCUGAACUUUCUCUUCCUCUUUAGACCUUAAUUAGGAAUCCUAGCCUAGAGCCUUUGACCAAAAAUAUCUAGUUAUUUAAGACAUGAACAGGAUCAGGGUACAAAGUAGGCCUACUUGUAUCUCAAAACUAUCAGAGACAAAAACUACCAGCAUAUUAACAUUUAACCUAGAAUUCACUAAAAAAGGAAACAAAAUCAAAUAACAAAACUAACAACAACAAAAAUCAUUAGGAGCAAAAUAGCAGGGAGGAUUCCACAAAAAACUUAAGGUAUUUUUCGUGGCUGGGAUCCAGAUAUUAAUUUGAUAUACAUAAAACAAAA